AUGGAUCCGAGACAAAGGAUACCUAUAAAUCCCAACGGAGAGGGUGUCCCCUUUCCAAAGGUUCCCCCUGAGAUGCAACAGCAGAUGAAGUAUCCACCGCGGUUUCCACCGAUGGCAUACAGAAUGGAGUAUUCUGCACCGAUGGUGGAACCACCAAUGUCAGAUUCACCGGGAACUACACCGAGAGGGCAUAUGCCUGGUGUACCAUACCAUCAACCACCUCAUUCACACCCAUACCAGCAACAUCCGCAUCCACAUCCACAUCAAGGGAUAACGUCGGUCACUCAUAUAAGACAAGUACCGCAGAUGACACCGGUUAUAGGAUAUGAUGGCACUGUAUACCCUCAUAUGAACUUAAAUCCCCCGCCUAUUAGUGCUAUGCAUAUGCAACCAUAUAUGGCGAACAAUCCGCAACAUAUGAUACCGCCACGCUUUGAAAUGUAUGUGAAGGCACCGAUGCCAUUCAAUCAACCAAGACCGGGGGAUCAAACAUGUUCACCAAGGCCACAACUGCCACCGCCAAAACCAGAUAUAUCAAAGAUGGAUACUGGCAAACUCCUGGAACAACUAGUUACUGUAACCGAUGUGUCCAACGCAACAGAGCCCACAGGCCCGCCUCUCGAAGAGAAGCUACAGAAUUUUGGAAACACGAUCGCGGAUAUACUCAAAUUGAAUGCAGAGAUAUUAGAAUCAUCGAAGUUAACUGCUGGAAAUACUGAAGGUGCUAAUGUUGAUAUGCAGAAACUGGACUCCAUGACCGCUGCUUCAUCUAAACUGUUUUCAAAUGUCGCUAAUAUAUCGCAAGAAAUGCAUGACAUGACAGACAAGCUGCCACCAUUUUAUACUAGGUCGUCACCGUAUUUCAGGAACCUAGAGAUAAAGUCAGGGGGAUUCACAUCGUUCUCUCAUACACACAUACCGCAGGCAGCAGUGUCCGCUCAACUAGUCAGGUUACAGGCGGAGUUCCUGCAAAAACAUCCCAUCAGACCUCAGAAGGACCAAUGUUUAUGA